GGAAUAUUUGCGCCGCCAACCACUUUUUUUUUCCAAUUUUUUUUUUCAGGGUCUCCUGCCAGCGCAUAAAGCUCUUGCCCAUUCCUCAUCGCGCUUGUCCUCGAGAUCCUUCCCUCUUUCUCGAGUUCACCACACCUCCUUCCUCUACAUCUACCCUUCAAUACUACGUCCCUUCCUAUCCUCCAUCUCAUACCAGAACCACAGUCACAAUGGGCAAGGUCAAGGAGUCAAAGUCCAAGAGCAGCAAGGCGGCUGCGAAGCCCCUCGCUGUCAAGAAUGCGGGCGUGACCAAGGCGUCGCAGACCCCCGUCGCGAAGUCAAAGAAGACGGCCAAGGAGGUUGCUACCAAGGUUUCCAAGAAGGACUCCAAGAAGGACUCCAAGAAGAAGAAGGUCGAGGUUUCCGACUCCGGGAGCGACUCCGACUCGUCCGCCUCGUCGGACUCUUCCGAGUCUGAGUCUGAGGCCGAGAAGAAGCCUACCAAGGCCACUGCCAAGGCCACUGCCAAGCCCAAUGGCAAGGUGAACGGAAAGGCCAAGGCCGCCGCCGAGUCGUCGGACUCGGACUCGGACAGCGACUCCGAUAGCGACUCAGAUGACAAGCCUGCCCCGGCCGCAAAGGCCGCUACCAACGGCGACGUCAAGAUGGCUGAUGGCUCCGAUUCGGACUCGUCCGAUUCUUCCGAGAACGACUCUGAUGAUGAGAGCGACUCCUCCGCGUCGAAGGAGGAGGCCAAGGCAAAGCCUGCUGUCGCCAAGAAGACCGAGAAGGCUGCCGCUGAGAGCUCUGCUGACUCUUCUGAUUCCAACGACUCGUCCGAGGAGGACUCUGACGACUCCGACGAUUCUGACUCUGAUGAGAAGGAGACCAAGGCCGAGGCGCCCUCCAAGAAGCGCAAGGCUGACGAGCCCAAGGAGGCCCCGACCAAGAAGUCCAAGACGGACGCGGCUGAGUCGGACAAGCCCGCCACUCUGUUCGUGGGCAGCCUCAGCUGGAACGUUGACGAUGACAUGCUCAAGGAGGAGUUCAAGUUCUGCGGUGAGGUUGUCAGCGCCCGGGUCAUCACGGAUCGUGAGACCGGCCGGUCCAAGGGCUUUGGCUACGUCGACUUUGCCAGCCCCGCAGACGCCGAGAAGGCCCAUGCCGAGAAGCAGGGUGCCUUCAUUGAUGGUCGCCAGAUCAAGGUCGACUUCUCGACCGGCAAGUCAAACAACAACGACUCGGCAGAUCGCGCCAAGAAGUUUGGCGAUGUCACUAGCCCCGAGAGCGACACUCUCUUCGUCGGCAACCUUCCUUUCGACGCCGACGAGGACGUCGUCAGCGAGUUCUUCGGCAGCGUCGCCGAGAUAAAGAGUCUGAGGCUCCCUACUGACCAGGAGUCUGGACGUCGCAAGGGAUUCGGUUACGUCAGCUUCAACUCGGUCGAGGACGCCAAGUCGGCCUUCACCCAGCUCUCUGGCCAGUCAAUCAACGGCCGUCCUUGCCGUCUUGACUACUCGACGCCCAAGCCUCCUCGUGAGGGCGGCGGUUUCGGCGGCGGCGGCGGCGGCGGCGGCUUCGGCGGACGUGGUGGCGGCCGCGGUGGUGGCCGCGGUGGCUUCGGUGGUCGUGGUGGUGGCCGCGGCGGCGGUGGCCGUGGUGGAGGCGGUCGUGGUGGAUUCGGUGGCCGCGGCGGUGGUGGCUUCCAGGGAAAGAAGACCACGUUCUAAACGUGGUCGCCGCACACAAUUGCACAGAGGGCUCUCGGCUCGCCUCGUGUGGGCUUCGUUUGGCUGUCGGUUUUCAAAUGCACCCGUCUCGAUCCUUUGGGGAGAGAUAGGCAGCUUUGGAGGCACAUCGCGUUGAUUCGUGAAGAGUCACGCGUAUAUGUGCCAGACACCUGGGGGCUAUGAUCCUACCUGUGGGCAUGUGACUUGGCUUCGGCCUCGUCGCAUUUCUUGGCUCUUUGAAUGCUCUUCUCGUAUGCGGUCCGCCGCUUCGAGGUCUGGAUGAUGGGUUUCUCUUGUCGCUGUGGGCUCUUUCUGACCGGCGAGUUUUUGGAUGAAGCCUCCUGUGUCCAGGUCACUGUCUCUUCAACGAGGGGUGUGACGACGGAUAUUUGAGCGUGGACCAAGACUCAACGGUCAUGACGGCUUGUGGGGUUCCGAGGGCUCUCAAGUGCAUCCUUGAAUAGCGGGGCGCUCUGUGAUAUAUACUGACUUCCUUGGGUGCAAAGGAGGCCACGAGGAGUAUAGCCAAGUGCUCCUGUGUCUGAUAAGAGUCUCUUAUGGGCUUGUGUUGCCAGUGGGAGGCGUUCUUCUCUGAUUUGCCGCUUGGGCUGAUUGAUACCACCAAAAGUUCUGAUCUCGGGUAAGUAACCGGCCUGCCUAGUAGUUACGACGAUUUCCAUAGCUUGACCUUGGCGUUCCCGGGGGCUGUAAUUUAUAAGAUCAAAAUCG